UUGCCUAAUCAAAUUUAAAAUUUGAAAUUAUUUUUCUACACUUUUAGGCUUUCUCACAUACAUAGCAAAGGGCGGGGUCUCGGAUUAAGACAUUGGGGUGAUGACAACUAGAUUAUAUUAUGUUUUGUGACGAGCCUGCGCCAGAGCCGGAGAAGAUCAUCUGUCGCUGCAAAAACUGUGUACUUCGCCACUCGGAUAUCCUUCCCUGGCCAGAGCCCCUGGGAGUAAUGGCUGAACAGGACGGCAAUAAAGAUGGUACUGCAAGUCGUCGAAUGUCCACCCGUACAGUUCUGUCGGUGGAUAGCGAGUACCCCACUCGAGAUGGCGAUGAUAAGCAGAACAAAGAUUAUACUCCAAAUCGUUAUGACGCAACUGCCCCUGGCUCUCCUGUUCGGGAAAUUAUCCAUGAGGGAUAUACUCCAAAUCUCAGAGGGGCCAAUAGUACUGAACGAUUCGGAGACAAUACGCCAAUGCGGGUUCCAACUCAGGCUCCAGCUCAACCUACUAUUCUGCUGAUUGUGGUCAACAAGAACGAUCCACCACCGUUUCCAGACAGAGGGUAUCCGGGCGCAGGAGCAGGCCGGGGAUAUCACGGUCAAGGACCGGUACCUAGGGGUUUUCCAGGUCAGGGCCGAUGUCCACCAAACUAUUAUCCACCACCUCCGUCAGGACCUUCAACCAGACCAAGACCAAGACCAAACUACGGCCAAGAGCAUUUUCGCUGUGACAACCGGCGAUUCAGCGACGACUACCGGAAUAAUCGAUUUGGAUACUACGAUGACUGGAGGAGACAGCCAAGAAGAUACUCCAACAAUGUCUACGCCGACCAACCACGUAUUUAUCGCCAUCCAGAAGCGCGACGCGAUUGUCGGUGCCCCAAUGUGGAGAAGUCUCAACCGGGAAGUCCGCCAAAUAAGAUGGAUACUGAUUAUCCCAACGACGAUUUCCUUCAAACAUUCGGUAAUAAAGCAAACAAAAAUCGUCUCGUAGGAAGUGGAAACGGAAAGGGCCACUCAUGUCAUUGUAAGGGAUCCGAUUCAAUGAGACCUCCCAGAAAUGAACCAGAAAACGAAAGAGAUGAAGAAAUGGGAACACCACAUAACACAAUGGAAAACUUUUUGGAAAUGGAAAGCCCGGAGGAGAUGCAGGAAGUCAUUGUUACCGAUGCCAAAAACAAGGCCUACAAAUGCAUACAGGUACCCAUUUGCAUAUCAACAGGAGAAACGAACACCUGUCGCUGUUGCAGAUGUGCUCAGGAAUCUCCGGAUGCUGACGAAGAGGAGUUUGAUGACGAGGAGGCUGAGUGUAUCUGCAAUCCACAGGGCAAAUGCACCUGUGUUCCCGGCCAAAUGUUCCAGGAUGACUUUGGCUGCGAGUGUGAUCUUACCAAUUUGGAGCGUACUCUGCGGGAUCUCAUACCCAAUGCCGAUUGUAUUUGCUAUUUGAAGAAGAAACGCCGCAAACGACGCAAGAAAUGGGCUCCUAAAGUCUACUACGAUCGCUUUGCAAAUCCUCCGUUUGUUCUCAAUCCGAAACCCAGAUGUUUAGAAUACGGCCGCAGUCCUUAUUGCAAUCCUUGCUAUAAUCCUUGCUGCUGUGCACCUCUUGCAAAGAGCUGCUACACCUGUGACUAUGGAUGUGGAGGGUGUUGUAGGUGUUAGAAACGGAUUUCUACUAUAACAUCUUAUCUCUCCGACAUAUUUAAGAUAUUCAAAUCCUCAUUAUUUUGUCAGCUUAUGCCAGAAAACUUCUUAAAAUUAGUUUUCUGACGUUCUCUGACAAUUUUUGAGGAUCUCAUAUGAAACAAAACAAUUUUUUUUAAGGGGACUAUAAUGAGAUCAUUCUAUACAGAAAAAUAAAUUAAAUUAAAGCAAAAAGAUCUUCUAAUGGUUGAUAUAAA